AGCGUGGGUAGUUGAAGGUCUAUCAAAAUGACGUCAAUCGAGUUUGGUGGAGGACCAUCGCUUAGUCAACGUCAGAAGUUUUCAAAUUUAGAAGAGGGAGGACAUGUACCUGGAUACAUGGGAUUUUGUCCACAAUUUAAAUAUAGAUAUGGUCAUAGUUUUGGAAAAGAGACAGCAGAUAUAGCUAAAGAUCUUCCAUAUCAUUUUGGUCCACGUGAUCAACAUCAUGCAAAUCUUUAUCCUAUUUAUAAUGCCAAUGAUAAAUUUGAUUAUUUAAGAUCCAGUUUUCAAGAGAAUGAUGAUCAUGUGAAACUUUUGCCGAAACCAACAGGAGACAAUAAAUAUAUGGAAAGAAUGAUGUCUGGUUAUUCUGGUGAUGUACCUCAUAUGCAAUUCAAAUUUGGUCAUACAUAUCAAAGUCUGGCUGAUGAAUGUGUUGAUCAAUUAGUCAGAGAAUAUAAAUAUGCCGAAUUAAAACAAAAACAACUAAAUGAAUCAGCUAAUUUAUCAACUAAUCUAUAUCCUAUAAGCAAAGAUCCUUUAGUUAAAAAUCGUUUAAAUCUAUGGGCAGAUGAUAUGAGUUUGAAAAAAUCAUCAACUGAAUUACCAAUUACAGGUUAUAAAGGUUUUAUUCCACGUAUGGAGACAACAGAAACUGGUCUGGCAAAACGUUUUCAUAAUGCAGCUCAAGAUAGUUUAGAAACAUUUAGAUCGGAAUUAAAAAAUCAUUUUGAUUAUUUGAAUACACCAGUGACUAGAAUAGACACUUCAUCACAGACAAGUACAAUAAGUCCAUUGAAAUCAUAUCAUAAUGAUUAUAGUGGUAGAAUAUUUCGUCGAGAAGGUAUGAUACCAGAUUAUGAAGGUCAUGUACAUGGUUAUCAAUAUCAUGUCGGUAAGAAUUUCAGUGAUACAACACGUGAUUUGGAAGUAUGCGCCCAUCCUUAUCCAUGUUAUGGGGACUAUUUGAAAGUAAAAGAUUUAACGACAACAAAAUAACUUUUCUACACCUAAAAAAAAUCUAAACAAACAAACAAACAAGAAAUACCUCUCUUUAUUUAUUUAAUUUGCCUUUAUUGACUAUUUAUUUAUUGUGAUAUGAAUUCAAGCAGAUUACAACAUAACAAGAGCAGCAGCGCCUAACCCUAACAUGACUCUUGUCAAUUCAUUUUAUUGAUUUUUUUUUUGUAUGUAUGUGUGAUGUAGUAGUCAUUUCUUCUUUAUUUUACAUUUGUUUCAUUUCUCAUCUUCAUGACAUGUCAUUUAUUUUUUUUUAAAAAAACAGCAACCAACCAAUUUUUGCCUUUUCAAUUAUUAUUUUGUUGACAAGAUGAUUAUUUGACGACAAUCAUCAUCAUCAAAAAUAGCACUCACUGUGAACAUUUCUUUUUUAUGGAUAUUUUUUUUGACUUAUGUUUUUCUUUUUUGUUAAAAAUACAUUCAAUAAAACAAUUCUUAGUUCU